CAACUCGUCCCUCUCCGGCGCGUCCGAGAGGCCGGGGAAGAGCGCACUAUGAAGUCCGUUCUGUUCAGCCGCUUCUUCAUCCUCCUGCCUUGGAUCCUAAUCGUCAUCAUCAUGCUCGACGUGGACACGCGGAGGCCAGCGCCCCCGCUCACCCCGCGCCCCUACUUUUCUCCCUACGUGAUGGGCCGCGGGGGCGCCCGACUGCCGCUCCGCAGGGUUGGUCCCGACAGCGGCCCCGGGCGCCGCUGGGUGAAGCGCAACGAGUCGCGGCCACAGCCACAGCCGCGGCCCGAGCCGCCUCUGCCCACCAUCUAUGCCAUCACGCCCACCUACAGCCGCCCGGUGCAGAAAGCCGAGCUGACCCGCCUGGCCAACACUUUCCGCCAGGUGGCGCAGCUGCACUGGAUCCUGGUGGAGGACGCGGCGGCGCGCAGCGAGCUAGUGAGCCGCUUCCUGGCACGGGCCGGGCUGCCCAGCACGCACCUGCACGUGCCCACGCCGCGGCGCUACAAGAGGCCGGGACUGCCGCGCGCCACCGAGCAGCGCAACGCGGGUCUCGCCUGGUUGCGCCAGAGGCACCAGCAUCAGCGCGCGCAGCCCGGCGUGCUCUUUUUCGCCGACGACGACAACACCUACAGUCUGGAGCUGUUCCAGGAGAUGCGAACUACACGCAAGGUCUCUGUCUGGCCAGUGGGCCUGGUUGGCGGGCGACGCUAUGAACGUCCGUUGGUGGAAAACGGCAAAGUCGUUGGUUGGUACACCGGCUGGAGAGCAGACAGGCCUUUUGCCAUCGACAUGGCAGGAUUUGCUGUCAGUCUUCAAGUCAUCUUGUCCAAUCCAAAAGCCGUAUUUAAGCGUCGUGGAUCCCAGCCAGGGAUGCAAGAAUCUGAUUUUCUAAAACAGAUAACAACAGUUGAAGAGCUGGAACCAAAAGCAAAUAACUGCACCAAGGUUCUCGUGUGGCACACUCGGACAGAGAAGGUUAAUCUAGCCAACGAGCCAAAGUACCACCUGGACACGGUGAAAAUUGAGGUGUAAAUUGAAGAAACUGAAGCAGCAACUGGUGCAGUUUGCCUGGCUGGUGGACGUGGGAGAGGACGUUUGGAGGUCAGGCUGCCAAACAUUCAGGUAUUGUUCACUUUACUUCAGUACAGCAGCCUUUACUGUCAUCUGAUGGACAUCUGUUUAAGCAGAGCUUGCCAGUUAACACGGCUGACUGGAUGGUAUAAAGUGUGUGUUUUUUGUCUUCAUUUGUUCUGCAUGUUUUCCCUACAACGAAACUGGAAGUUCUUUGUACAGUACAGCUAGUGACACUGCGGGAUACACUGUGAGUAUCUUGUGUACUUUUUUUUUUUUUUUUCCCAUUUGGCCUUAUAAUUGGUGGAACUGGUUUCAGAAACAAAGGACAGGAUUUUGUUGACUAAAUGUUCCCAAUUCCUCACUUUGCAAUAUUAAGUAAUUUUCAUAUGGUUGGUGGCAGUAUACAUUGUAGGAAAUAAAACCCACAAAAAUAAAAAGGUCUAUGGAUUUAUCUGUUUAAUAUAGGGAUAUAACAUUUUGUCAAUACUAGGCACCAUAAAAUGUAAACACAAUUACUGUCAUAAACCUGGAUAUACCUUCAAGGAUUGAAAGUGGCUUUGUUUAGUUACCCUGUUUGCAUAUAGUGCAGAGAAAGGUCUUCAUGUUAUUAGCACUAUGUACAUAAGAAGAGAUCCAAAUUACAAGAGAGGCAGAUAAAAUUUGAGUUCUUUAAACAUUCGUUAAACUAAGUUUUGUAGUAACAUCCAGGUUUAUCUUCCUUUCACUAGCCACGUUCCCUGUUAAGCACAUCAUAACAACAGCACAGUGAAGUGAAUGAUGAAAUAAAAGAACUUUGAUACACUAGAAAACAGUGCU